GCCCACUAAUUCUAUUUUAAUUUCUUAUAUAUAUUUAUUAUACACGCACAUCAUAUAAAUCUGAUUUUCCAAAUUCGUGAGAUCGAACUUGUACUCACGUUAAUCAGAACGUCUUGGAAAAGCUGCGAUUUCCUCACUCUUUACAAUUCCUCUCCUCUCUCUCUAUGCUUCUUCCAUCUAUUUAAAGGCCUCAUCACUCUCGGCAAUAUCAUUGGAGCAGUCUUAUAGGAUACCCCUCAUUUGCUAAUAUCUCUCCGUCACAAAGUCCCAUUUCCUUUUUAACCUAAAUAUACUUGCACAACUUCACCACACCAAUAUGGGUGAGGAGUACUCACCUACGGUGGUUGUGAGAGCCUACGAUCCAAAUAAAGACAGAGAAAGAGUGGAAGCCGUGGAAAGAACAUGCGAGGUUGGACCCAGUGACAAGCUCUCUCUCCUAACCGACAUGCUCGGUGACCCAAUUUGCAGGGUCCGCCACUCACCUGCUUUUCUCAUGCUGGUGGCCGAAAUCGGUAAAGAGAUAGUAGGGAUGAUAAGAGGUUGCAUAAAAACAGUCACAUGCGGGAAGAAGCUCUCCAGAAACAGAAAGCAAACAGACACCGCGAAUCACGUUCCAGUUUACACCAAAGUAGCCUACAUAUUAGGCCUUCGCGUUUCUCCUAAUCAACGGAGAAUGGGAAUAGGGUUGAAACUGGUACAGAAAAUGGAGGCGUGGUUCAGGGAAAACGGAGUUGAAUACUCAUACAUGGCAACGGAAAACGACAAUUUAGCGUCCGUUAAACUCUUCACCGACAAAUGCGGAUAUUCAAAGUUCCGUACACCUUCCAUCCUUGUCAAUCCCGUUUUCGCUCACCGGGCCAAAGUGUCUUCAAAUGUCACCAUCAUCCACCUGAAACCCUCCGACGCAAAAACCCUCUACCGCCGCCGCUUCGCCACGACGGAGUUUUUCCCCCGCGACAUUGACUCUAUUCUCAAUAACAAACUCUCCCUCGGCACUUUCCUCGCCGUCCCGCGUGGGUCCUACACCCCCGACACGUGGCCCGGUGCGGAACGGUUUCUGUCGGACCCACCAGAGUCCUGGGCCGUUAUCAGCGUUUGGAAUUCCAAGGAGGUGUUCACGCUCCAGGUUCGCGGCGCGUCACGCGUGAAGAAAACUCUGGCCCAGACGACGCGGGUUGUCGACCGGGCACUGCCGUGGCUCCGGCUACCGUCGGUGCCGGAUUUGUUCCGGCCGUUCGGGUUCCAUUUUUUGUAUGGACUUGGAGGUGAAGGUCCGGAGGCGGUGAAGAUGGUGAAGGCACUGUGUGGAUUCGCGCAUAACUUGGCAAUGGAGAGUGGGUGUGGGGUGGUGGCCACGGAGGUUGCCCCCUGUGAACCCUUGAGAUUUGGGAUCCCACAUUGGAAGAUGCUGUCUUGUGAGGAGGAUUUGUGGUGUAUCAAGCGGCUAGCGGAGGAUUACAGCGACGGCGCCGUCGGUGAUUGGACCAAAUCACCACCUGGAAUCUCUAUUUUUGUUGACCCUAGAGAGAUCUAAUCUAACUUAAUUAGUUUACUCCCACUUUGUUUUUUUUUUUGUUUUUAUUAUACUUUUUGACUGAAAUGUCUCAUGUCUAGUUUGGGUAAGGACAUUUGAAGGUGGAGUGGAGAGAAUGAGGUAUUUUGUAUGUGAAUUUUUGAAGGAAUAUUCCCAUCUUUUUGUCAAUGAGAAUUAGCCUUUUUUCCUAAA